AAAAAUAAUAAUAAUUGAACAAAUCGUUUGAGCUCUCUCCUUAUAUUCAGGCUCUCACCAUCUUUCAGUGUUCUCUCUCUCUCUCCUCAUUCGUCUCUUCAUUUACUCCAGCCCCCUUCUCUCUUCCCUAGCUGCCUUGGUUCAAGGAUUGGAUAAAAAUAAAAAAUCGAGGAGAUAAAAAAGGAGGCGUAAUUUAAUUACGAAACGAAAACACUCAACAGCAGAGAAUAUCAAUUCAAGCAUAUAUUCAGGCUUCAAGAAUAUCCAACCUUUGAUGAUGAUGCCGUCUUCCUCCGCAUUUCCGCACUCGACUGCCCUCUCAUCUUUGGGGUCAUCAUCAACCAUGACGAGCUCUCCGUGCGCAGCUUGUAAAUUCCUCCGGCGAAAGUGCCAGCCGGACUGCGUGUUCGCACCCUACUUCCCGCCCGACAACCCACAGAAAUUUGUGAACGUUCACAAGGUGUUUGGCGCCAGCAACGUGACGAAGAUCCUCAACGACCUCGAUCGCGACCAACGUGAAGAUGCUGUGAACUCCCUCGCCUAUGAGGCUGACAUGCGUCUCAAGGAUCCUGUCUACGGCUGUGUCGGCAUCAUCUCCAUCCUUCAGCACCAGCUGCGCCAGCUCCAGCUAGAUCUAACCCUAGCCAAGGCCGAGCUCUCCAAGUAUCAGAACCAGAACAUCACUAGCCCCAGCAACUAUCCACACUUCUUGAUGAGCAGAGAGAGCAGCGGCUCAGCUGGCUACUAUCAACAGCCGCAACAGCAUAUGAUAAUGUUAAGGAGCUAUGAGGUGGAGCUGGCAACAACCGCGACGAGGAUGGGAGUCAAUGGAGAGUAUGAUGCACCUGCAAUGGCCGGCAAUGGAACAUCAGCUGGGAGUGUAGGAGCUUGUGGAGGGCAGUUCUUCAAGACCACAGCUAAUGGUGACGCUAGAGAGGAGCGCCAUAGGUUCAGAAGUUUGCGAAGAUCAAUAGGUGGAAAUGAAACUUAAAUGACGUAAUUUCAUGAUAGGGUAUAUGGAGUUUCUUAGUUAUCCAUCAGCAGAAAAUAUAACUUUCAUGUCUGAUCAUCUUCCUUCCCUUUUAAUAUUUAGGUACUGUUAUCUUUCUUCCAGUCAACUUAGACAUUUUGUGUAUGAAGUAUACCUCCUUACCAAAUGCUUGUGCAAUGUGUUCUCUGGUUCUCAAUUAAUCACAUUUACUUAUGCCCUAAUGUUUUGAGUUAUAAAUCAAUAAGAACAAUGAACUAUUUUGCA